AUGGCAACAUCAAGCAAAACCAAUACUAGACGUUCAGUUUCAAAAAAAAAUGAAUAUCGUCAAGUACAAGUUCGUAUGCGUGAAAUUCUUCAACGAGCUAAUGCAUUGUACGAAAGAUUACCUCAUUCAUCAUAUAUAACAGAUAAAGCUUUUCAUGAUAUUGAACAAGAUUAUAUGGCUAUGUCUGAUGAAUUUCAAGAACAACUUAGUCAACUUACACAACAUUAUUAUAAUAUUCAAGAAUCAAAAAAUAAAUCAAAUCGUAUUCAUAAACAUUCAUUUUCAACACCAAAUUCAUCAAGACAAACAACAAAUACUGAAAUAUAUCAAAUGAAUCCUAUAGUCGACGAUAUUGAAAAUGUACUUAAUUUAAUAGUACAACAAUUUAAACAAUACCGUUUUAAACCUGCAUAUUCUUAUACUGGAGUUAAAACAACUACACAAUCAAUGAACGAUCAAUAUGAUGCAAUAAGUGGUAUAAUGAUUCAUCAACUAUAUGCAGUAGAUUUAGAUAUACUUACCAAUUGGGUUGUUGCAUCAUUUGAACGUCGAAUAUUUUUUUGUAAUAGUGAUGGUGAUAUACGUAUUUUCUCAUAUUCACGUCGUUUUCAUCGACAACCAUUAUUAACUGAACGAUUUCAUUUAUCAACUAUACGUCUUAUUACAUCAUUUACUGUUACACAAGAUUAUUUAAUUACAUUUGAAGCCGAUACUCAGUUAAUUUCAUUAUAUACACAUCAUGGCGCAUUACUUAAUCGUUCGAACUUUCCCUAUGAUCCAAAUAUAAUUAUUCGUUGUGAUUAUUUAACUAAAAAUGAAAUUUGGACAUGUAGUCAAUCAAAACGUCAAUGUAUUCAAUUUCAUAUAGAUCAUUCAACGAAAGAAAUACAUCGUAUUCAACAAUUAAAUUAUAAAUAUCCAAUAUCAAAUAUUUUAAUUGAUCCUGUUGGUAUAUCAAGUGAUGAGCAACAUCGUAUUGGUGUACAUGAUAUUAAUACGAUCACAAAUGAUCGUUUAUUAGUUUAUUCUAAUGAUCAACAUCAAAUUAUACCACUUAAUUCAAUCAAAUAUACUGAUCGACGAGGAUUAUCUCGAAUUGAACGUGUUUUAUUAGUACCAAAACGACCGAAUUUAAUUGUUGUAGUUCGUGUACCACAAUUAACAACAACAAAUUUACAUGAAAUUGUAAUUGUUGAUAUAGAAGUACAACCACCAAAAAUACUUUAUUGUUUAACUGAACCAAAUGAUAUACAAAAUAUUGAUUUAACAUUAAAUGGUGAAUUAGUUUAUACUGUUAAACUACCAUUAAAUAAACGAAUAGCAUCAAAAAUAUAUAUUUAUAAUUUAUUUAAUUGA